AUGACCCGUGCGAGUCGAUUUGCAGGCGUGGCGGGAUGCGUCCUGGUAGUCUAUCUGCUAUUUCUCUUUGAGAUACUGCGUGUACCCUUCAUUCCGCAGGAUGUAUCCAGAGCUAUUCUGCCGACGUUGCCAUGGUGGGUGCUGGUCGGCACGGGUGCCUACCUUCUCUUCCAGGUGGGAUGGGGCCUCUUCACGUUUAAUGAUACACCCAAAGCCCACGAGGAGCUCUUGAUGGAUAUCAAAACGGCCAAGGAUUAUUUGAGCCAGCGAGGCGUGUCAAUAGACUCGUAG